ACAUUUCCUACUUUUAUUCACCUGGUAAAGAUAUACCUUCAUCAGAAAAUGUAGGCCAUAAUUCUUAUAGUAGAGAUGCUGAUGCUGAAACUCACAAUAACAUUGGGGCUAAUAAUUCAUCUGAUUUACUCCAAACUAACGUGAAUCCUCCUAAAAAUAAUAUAUCACCUGAUGAAUAA